AUGGUGGACACACCUAAGGAGAAGGAGGCCGACGGCGAUAAUAGUAUGCCCGUCGAUGAACCUCCCAAGCGCCAGCGUCAGAAACACCGACCUCGAUCCGGCAAAAGGAAAAACAGCAACAUUGUCACGGACGAUGAUGAUAAUCUGAAGCAAGUCGAGGACCCCGUAAACCCAGCACUGGAGCAGGGCGUGCGAGAAGACGGCGAACACAGUCCAGAGAUGUUGUCUGACCACAGCGAUGCUGAACAUAGCAAUUAUCAACCCGUCUCUGAAGAGGAGAUCAGCCUGGGUGACAACGAAUUCGUGAUCCCAGAAGAACCAUUAGAACAAGAACACCUCCAUCAAAGGAUAAUCUCCACUGCAAGAAGCCUGAAGAAGCAGAGCAGCGGCUUAAAACCGCACAGGAUAUGCACAAUGACAGAUGGAACGAAGUGCAAGACGUUGAGGAAAAAUAUGGUGGUAAUCGCCAAACAAAGAGCUAUCUUAAACAGAAAGAAAGAAAAGAACCCCCACCCUCCGGGCAGCCCAACCACCCAAACCCUAUCCCAUCCCACUCCAUCGUCGCCGCCCCCAGAUGCAAUCUCGCCGCUGCCACGCUCGCGCACGCUCGCCGCCGCCAUCCAUCCAUCCUCUCGAGCUCGCGCACGCUCGCCGCUGCCACGUCCGCCGCCGCAGGCGGCGUACGUGAAGCUCGCGCUGCACGCGCUCAAGCACCCGGCGGCGGCCGUCAACGGGCUCCUCAUCGGCCGCCUGGCGGACUCGGCCGCCUCCCCGGCCGUCGUCUCGGUCGUCGACGCCGUGCCGCUCUCCCACCAGCCGCACCACCUCCCGCUGCUCCCCACGCUCGAGCUCGCGCUCACCCUCGUGGAGGACCACUUCCAGGCGCAGGGCCUCGCCGUCGUCGGAUACUACCACGCCAACGCGCGCCGCGAUGACGCCGACCUCCCCGUCGUCGCCAAGCGCGUCGGGGACCACAUCUUCCGCUACUUCCCCCGCGCCGCCGUGCUGCUGCUGGACAACAUGAAGCUCGAGGAGGUGGUGAAGGGGAGCAGCCGCGAUGCAGUUGUUCAGGUACUCGCCCAUGAUCUAUGGAAAUCAGUAUCCCUUCAUUGCUUUCAAAUUGAUAGCGAUUAGUAUGUUUCCUUAGAUACUGUAUCUUCUAUUAAGUUUUUAGUGGUAACUACAAAAAUUAGACCAUGUAUUGACUUUCUUCCUAGUGAUGGAAUAGAUCUUGCAGCAAUAUUAUUGACUUGUGAGACUCCCACUAGAUAAUUCACUUCUUGCUAGGCAUAGUAUGCUGUCUUGCAAGUUAAUUGCUUAAUUUGUUCGAAUGCUCAGUUUUUUUUGGUUAAGUUUGAACUAAUUCUUAAGAAAUCCUCUCAUGCACCCCAGCCCUCUAAUCAAUAUGUUUAAAUGAUGAAUGGUCGAACAUGAGCAUUAUUUUCACUCUCUAGGCCUUUUUUCUGUCAUUUUUCAUGCAUUGAACUAAUUGUGCAGUGGCUUUGGAAAGAGAAGGUUUGCUUUAUAGCUGCUUAAGUGUAUACUUUCUGAAUCAUUGUAGAAUUAUAACUUUCAACUAAUAUGCACUGCCUCCACAUGGCUACCAUGUUUCAUCUCACAAAUCAGUAAGUUACCUAAGAAUUAACUGAACACUAGCAUAUUCGUUAAACUUAGCGUCUUAACCACUAUGAGCAAUGCAUAUAUUUUAAUUUAUCACAACUUAAUUCGAAAAGUUGCUGAACCAACAUGCAGACUAUCAUAUGCCCAUCUAAAUGCCAUGAAAUGCAAGCAGCCAUCUUCUGCAUCAAAUAAUUAUUUAUGCUUGGGUUUAUGAAUCACUGGUGCAAUUUGUUCACCUUAAGUGCAAAAGCAGGAGUAGCAGCAAUAUGUUUGGGCAUAUGUGUUCUAUGCCUACUAACAGAGAUAGCAGUGUUACACUGUUACUUCAUUACCUUAUGACUUAAGAAUCAGUUAUGGAGUUGUCAUAUAAUUUGUUGAGUUGUCAUAUAAACGGUCGUCUCUUUCGAGCGCAAAGACGGGUCUGCGGUGGAUGCUGGGUUGUAGCUCAGGUCGAUGGUGCGGCCAUGGACACAACCUCCUCAACCUCGACAACCAAUGCGUCGGCAGGGGAGCAACUAAUUCCUGAACCUUUGCUUCUCCUCUUUUAAUUCGAAGUUCUUAGUUUAGUUCCAGAUUUCUAUGCAUGCCACCUUGAUAUGUUUGAUGUUCAUCGAUCGCCCAGAUUUACUAGCACACCAGAUAGAAUUUGGGACUGAUGCCAUUCAAUAGAUUUUCUAGACAUUUUAUUGUGUAUCAUGCUAAAAAAGAAAAUGCACAAUGAGCUUGUUUGACUUUUUUGAUGCUUAGAGUAUACUUGAUCAGGGGGCAGUGUUAUUUCCUGUGAUCUUUCAUGUCAUUUGCUAGUGUGAUGCUUCAAGACGACAAAUUUAAAAACCUAAACUAUUGUAAAUAAGCGUUCUGCAUCUUGAGCAUUUAAAUGUGAGCACUUAACCAUUGUACAGCUUUUGCAUAUUUUGUUUUGUAUUUCUUUUAUAAACUAGCGGGGUGACCCGCGCAUUUGCGCGGCUAGAUUUUACAAAAGAUGUAUCUCUCCUAAUAUAGAGAUUGUCUUGAAUACUCUACCUGUACCAUUGUUUCUUAUAUGAACAUGUUUUUUUCCUGGAAAACAAUACUUUGAAAACAAACCAUUAAUGGAAUAUUCCUUGAUGUAAUCAAGCUAAAGCUUUAAAAUGUUGAUAGUCAUUCUUAAAAAUGUUUAAGUGUACAAAUUUCUCUAUAGCUUUUAGGAUUCAUUGUCUAUAGCUAAUUAGAAACCAAAGGAGUAACAUGUUGAGGUUAUGCUUUAAGAAAUCCUUUCACAUAAUUUAAAAGUUCAAAUCUAAACAUUGUUAGAAGCUCUCUUCUACACUGUUCUCAUCAAAGCAUUUCUUUUUAAAUCAUGCAUAUAGUUUUCAUCUAGUAAUUAAGUGAAACUAAUAUGACUUAUCACGUAUUUGAUAUUAUUUCUUACUUUGAAUAUUUACUCAUGUAUGAUGUAACCAUUCCAUGAUUGCUUCAGAUAGUUCUUAACAUGAGAAAGGCAUAAAAUUUGAGUUGCCAAAACUCAACUCUCUUCCACAGUCCCAUCCAACUCAAUCUUGUCGAUACAUAUAUUACAUUUUUCUAUGUUUUGUUGACAAAGCAACCAACGUAUCUUGAUACAUCUGCUGCAUGUUACAUUCACAUGGGUUAUCCGUUUUCAUAUUGUGCAUGGUACAGAAAAUAAAUGAAAUUCUAAUUUUAUUUGAAACUGGAUCCGUGUUUCAGCACUGUUUUAGUUCCAAAGUUGCUUAGAUUUGUUUAUGUUCAAAAAGAAUGUACAUUACAUUAUAUUAUGUCUUAAAAAUAAGGAGGGUGUAUCUUUAUUCUGUUAAAAUAGUUUAGUUAGGAUCCUGGACAUGAAAGAUGUACCUCACCUUCCUCCUAGAACUAAUGUAUAUACAUGUGAAAAUAGCUGGGUCUUACAUUGCGCUUCCACCUUUAAUUAUUUCUAUCAAGUUACGUUUACCGCAAAAUUCAGGCCCCAUUUGGAGUUCUAUAAAGUGUGAUAUUCUCGCAAAAUUAAAAAAAAGGAGUAAAGCUUGAUAUUCCUAAAAAAUAUUAUAAUUUAAAUCAAAUGCCCACCGUAAAAAAAAUUAAAUCAAAUGCAUUACUUCUUGUUAGGGAUUUCAUAUGCAGAUCGGACUGCUUUCCUCUUUCUUUUCGUACUUUUCUUUAGCUAUGGACAUGGACGUGACAUUGGUUUAGGUGGCAGGUUUGCCUCUGUGUAGCGCUGGCUUUGUUUUUUUUCUCCUAUUAGAAUUCAAAUCAGAAUUGGGCAUGUGUUGUUUUGCGUGCAAGCGUCCUUUUUCAUAUACGUUGACUGUGGUUGCCCUUUUCCAUGCAUAUUUCCGCAUCAUAAUAAUCUUCUUCUUCUAACUUUCUUCUUUACCAUUUUACAGAUUUGCUUAAGAUCACGGAAGCUUGGGUUGAUGGAGUGCUUGUAUUUAGUUUUUGUUUUUAUCUUGUGAAACUUGCUACCUAUGGAUGAAACUAUGUAAUAUUG